GGAAAGCUCUUAUCUUAAGACGAACUCCCUGAGCCUGAGUGAACGAGUUAGCCAGUUUAUCGUCUUCAAAAUUCAUAGCUUGUUGAUGUUUAAGUCUUGAUGACAGAAUGCUUCUCCAAACCACCGUCUCGACUCCACUCCCUUUCCCUCCCCCACCGCUUUCUCACUCUCUGCACUCAUCUGGGUCUCUUAAGAUCAGGCCCAAGAAGCUCUCUCUUCAGACUCUUGUUCAGUGCUAUGGUGUGCCAGCUUUGAAAAACUUGACAACCUAUGAAGUAUUUCCCUCUUUUCAGAUAUUUCAAAAGGAAGUGGCCAUGGAGUCUGCAGUCUCAACAAAAUUUGACAGUAAUUCCCCCUUCUCAUUGUUGCCUUUUAGUCAUAAAGUGCAAAACCUUUUAGUAGCACUUCUAAUAGGAAAACUUCAUAUUCUGCUUUUGAUGCAACCUAUAGAUGUGGAAUGAUUUAAGAAGGAAGAUAAUUGGAUGUAGAUGUAUUAGAUGGCCAAAUAAGUACAUGCAUUCUCCAGUGACUGAUGCUAAAGAUAAAUAUGUUUUAUCUGUUGGAGUGUGGAUUAGCUGUAACAUCUUUUUGAUAACAAGUUUCUGAAUUUUGACAAUUUCCCUUUAAAUCUCCAUUUUGUUGCAGAAUGUUUGAAUAACCUUCUGAUCACUGACAAUUUAAAUGUGAAGAAGUCAUUAAUUAUGGUGUCUGCAUGCCUACUUGGUCAAACCUCGUGGUUGAUCUCUGCACAAGUAGCAUAUGCUAGUGAACUUACCCGAGGAAAUGCAGUUUAUGAGAUUGGAGAGUUGUUUGAAUUAGGAAUCCAGUUAUCUUAUCUACUUUUACUAUUGGGUUUGCUUGGGGCUGGAACCUUUUUUGUGAUCCGUCAAGUACUUGUACGCAGAGAACUUGACCUUUCUGCCAAAGAAUUGCAGGUAAGCCUAUCUUCUUUUUACAUGCCAAGUUUUCAUCUCUAACUAUUCCGUUCAUAAAACCUUGACAUUUGU